AUGGUGGGGAAGAUCUGCAACGUCGUUUAUGGGUUGAAGCCAGUGCUGCUGAUGGUGGCGGUUCAGACUACGUUCGCCGGAGUUAACGUGUUCUACAAAUUGGCGGCGAAUGACGGCAUGAAUCUUCCGGUUCUUGUUGCCUAUCGGUUUCUGUUCUCCACCGCAUUCAUCGUUCCGCUUGCAUUUUUUGUUGAAAGGAAGAAGAGGCCGAAAAUGACCUGGAUGGUACUCUUGCAAGGUUUCUGCUGUGGCUUAUUUGGCGGUUCGUUAGCACAAAAUUUCUACAUAAAAGCUUUAUCGUUGACGUCAGCCACGUUCGCUGCAUCGACUACCAAUCUAAUGCCUGUGAUUACGUUUGUUCUAGCGGUUUGCUUUAGGAUGGAAAGGUUGGGUUGGAAAACAACUCCUGGUGCAGCAAAGAUUAUGGGGACUGUGAUAGGGGUUGGUGGUGCCAUGUUGUUGACUCUUUACAAGGGAGCUGACCUACAUUUGUGGGAGACCAAUGUUGACCUAUUGCAUGGUCAACAUCAUGAAACAGGUGGUCAAAACUCAAGCAAUAAUAUGGUCUUGGGUUCUUUAUUGGCUAUUGGUAGUUGCAUCAGUUACUCCAUCUGGUUGAUUAUUCAGACAAAUAUGGUUGAAAAAUACCCUUGCCCUUAUUCGGUCACGGCUCUAACAUCGACCAUGGGUGCGGUUCAAGCAGUCGUGUUUGUGCUAUGUACCGAAAGACAUUGGAGUGAAUGGAAGCUGGGUUGGAACGUUAGACUUCUAACCGUGGCUUAUUCGGGCAUGUUGGCAUCCGGAUUGAUGUUUACGUUUAUUGCAUGGUGUGUGCAAAUGAGAGGUCCGUUAUUUGUAUCAGCUUUCAAUCCUCUUAUGCUUGUUCUUGUGGCUAUCGCUGGAUCUUUAGUCUUGAAUGAAACCCUACACUUGGGAAGUGUGUUAGGUGCAAUAUUGAUAAUCUUGGGACUCUACCUUGUAUUAUGGGGCAAAGGCAAAGAAGUGAAGAAGGUGGCUCAGUUGUGUCCGGUAAGAGAGUCGAGCAUAGGAACCGACAAUGGUGCCAUCGCUGGUGAUUCCGAACGCUCAAGUAUCUUUGGAGUUACUGGCGAUAGUGAAUCAAAACACUCGAGUGUGCAAAGCGGUAAUGGUGAAUCAAGACGUGUUGAGGUUGUUGUCACUUCACCAGAGAGAUGA